UAAAUUGGCGAAAAAAAAAGCAAAUGACCUAAUCCUCCCUUGCCACUUUUGUUUCAGAUCCAAGAGACACCGAUAUUCGCUCCAUGUCCGCGUAAAGAAAGUAUCUACUUCUGCGGGAUAGUAGAGAAAGAUCAUCUUCCGAAGCUCAUUCCCCUUUCAUAUUUUCAACGAUGAGUGCCGAAGACUUUGAAAGGACCCUCCUGGUGAAACCCGAAGUUUUUGUUUACAAAAUACCUCCACGUCCGAGUGCCCGUGGAUACAGAGCCGCUGACUGGAAUUUGGCCACACCUGACUGGACCGGAAGAUUACGCUGUCUCUCCAAAGGUCGAGCUUGCUCUAUCAAAUUGGAGGACAAGAACUCCGGAGCCCUAUUUGCGGAAUGCCCCGUUGAGAAAUAUCCCGGCGUGUCCGUGGAGGCCGUGACGGAUUCGUCUCGUUAUUUUGUGAUUUGCAUUCAAGACUCGGGUCGCAAAGCAUAUAUUGGCAUGGGUUUCUCGGACCGGAGUGACUCGUUCGAUCUGAAUGUAGCCCUACAAGAUCACUUCAAGUGGGUUAAAAAAGAGAAUAACUUCGCUCAAGAAGCUGUUGAGCCUCCAAAGCCCAAUCUCGAUCUGGCCUUCAAAGAGGGCCAAACAAUCCGCAUCAACAUUCCAAAAAAUGACGUGGGCAGCACAGGUGCCACAACCAGACCAAAGCCCUCCGGUGGUGGUGGAAGUGGGUUCCUACCCCCACCUCCAGGUGGGCUGAAACUAGGCCCACCCCCUGGCUCGGCCAACCUCACUCCCCUUCAAUCUCCGUCCGAAAACAAACCACUGCCAGGGUCCAAUGUGGACUUGUUGGGAGACUUCAUGUCGUCAUCCUCGACGACAUCGUCGUUCUCGACGAACCUCCGUGAUCAUUCUCUUUCCUCCUCAACUUCUGCUUUUAAUCCAUCACCAAUUCCGCCUGUGUCUUCCGGAUCGGGAGGCGUGGCCACGGAGCCUAAGGACGACCCAUGGGGUGAUUUUGUGUCUUCGAGUGAUGCAGAUAAAGCUUCAGCGACGAGUGGGAAUUGGGUCCAGUUUUGAGCUUGGCAAGGAAGCAGAGAAGAUAAUGCCACAAGAAUGUUUUUCCAUUUCCAAGUUUGUGUAUUAUCGACAUUGUUCCGAUGAUUAUUAUUUACCAAGUUUAUGGCGAUACGGAAAUCAAUCGAGCUUAUGAAAGCAGUGAGAGCCAAUGAGCGCAGAAUAUUUUUCACCGCAUCCCCCUGAUUUUAUACUCUAUAUUUCCUCACACACAAUUAAUAAAACUGUUAACAUCUUUA